CGCAACAGUUGUAUGCAGCCGAUAAAAGGCUCAGGACGUGAGUCAGCUCCUCAGAAAGGAUUGUGUUUCUACUGAGAGAAAACUAGCAGAGAUGGGCUUCUUCUACUUCUCUGCUGAGACAUGGACCCUGUUGGUUACUUUGAUCACACUGCUUGUUGUGUAUGUUUACUGGCCAUAUGGGACAUUUAAGAGAUUAGGUGUCCCUGGCCCCAGACCUGUCCCCUUUUUUGGCACAAUGCUGGCAUAUCGUAAGGGAUUCUUUGCUUUUGAUGAAGAAUGCUUUAAGAAAUAUGGGAAAAUAUGGGGCAUUUUUGAUGGCCGUCAGCCCGUGCUGUGUAUCACAGAUCCUGCCAUGAUAAAAACCGUGCUAGUGAAGGAGUGUUACUCUUUUUUCACCAAUCGAAGGAAUUUCCGUCUAAACGGACCGCUGUACGACGCUGUAUCUAUUGCAGAGGAUGAUGAAUGGAAGAGGAUCCGCAGUGUCCUGUCUCCUUCCUUUACCUCAGGGAGACUGAAAGAGAUGUUUGAUAUAAUGAAACAUCAUUCUAGUAACCUGGUCAACAGCAUGAAAAAGAAAGCAGACAAGGAUGAACCAUUAGACCUGAAGGAGUUCUUUGGGUCGUAUAGUAUGGAUGUUGUAACCAGCACUGCCUUCAGUGUUGACAUUGAGUCCCUCAACAACCCCUCGGACCCUUUUGUUGCAAACAUCAAAAAGAUGCUGAAGUUUGACCUUUUUAACCCACUCUUUCUUGCUAUUGCCUUUUUCCCCUUCCUGGGUCCUGUAUUUGAAAAGUUGGAGUUUUCCUUUUUCCCUACAUCAGUGACAGACUUCUUUUAUGCCUCCCUGCAAAAGAUCAAGUCAAAUCGUCAAAACAGCAAACAAAAGAGUCGAGUGGAUUUCCUCCAGCUGAUGAUUGACUCCCAGAAAAACAACGACCCCAGUGGUGUCCAACAGGAUAAAGGUUUGAACGAUCAUGAGAUCCUUUCACAAGCAAUGAUUUUCAUCUUUGCUGGCUAUGAAACAAGCAGCAGCUCUCUUGGUUUCUUGGCUCACAAUCUGGCAACAAACCCAGAGGCCAUGAAAAAGCUCCAGAAAGAGAUUGAUGCCACUUUCCCUAACAAGGCUCCUAUUCAGUACCAGGCACUGAUGGAGAUGGAGUAUCUAGACAGCGUCGUCAACGAGUCUCUUCGAUUAUACCCCAUCGCUGCACGUCUGGAGCGUGUGGCCAAGGCUACAGUGGAGAUAAAUGGCCUUGUGAUCCCCAAAGACAUGGUCAUCUUAGUCCCCACAUGGCCUCUGCACCGGGAUCCUGAAGUGUGGCCUGAACCAGAGAAAUUCAAACCUGAGAGGUUCAGCAAGGAAAACAAGGAUACAAUUGAUCCGUACACAUACAUGCCUUUUGGGUCAGGACCAAGGAACUGUAUCGGAAUGCGAUUUGCUCUGGUUGCGAUGAAACUUGCAGUGGUGGAGAUCCUCCAGAAGUACAGCUUCUCUGUGUGUAAGGAGACUCAGAUCCCCUUAGAGUUGGACAUCCAAGGUCUGUUAGCACCAAAACAACCCAUCAAACUGAAGCUGGUGCCACGUGCCGAAUCCUCUGCCUAAAAAGAGCAAAGAAAUAAAACAUGUUUGACAUUUGACACAUGUACCAUGUACAUAUGAUCAGUGGUGGGGGUGGACAGCUCCAACUGUACCUUUAUCUUUUUAUUCUAAACCCAAUGACAAAUGAUGUAACAUUUCUAAAAUCUGAAUUAACAAUAAAUGAUCUCUCACUU